ACACCCUCAACUCCUGAGAAUAAUACACCUAAUAUUUCACGUGAGCAAGGUUUAAUACAAGAAUUAUCAACAUCUAUCAAGGAACAAGCACAAAGUAUCAUUUCUCCUGAAAUAAAUCAUACGAUCAAAAUUUCAGAGAACAAUGUUCGUCCAAAUUGUGACAAUUCCAGAAUAACACGAGAUUCAGAGACCCAAGAUAUUAUCUGUCUAUAUCAAAAUGCGUGCAAUGCAGAAAAAGACGCAAUCGAAGCUAAUCAAAAAGAAAUUUUGUGUUGGUGUUUCUAUGCUAAAAGAUUCAAAAGCAUGGUUAAAGAUUUUAUGAUUAAUGAUAGAAUUGAAUUCAUCGAUAAUUCUUCUGAUAACUUACUCGAAACUGAGAUUAAUGAGGAAGCUAAAAGAAUUUUAUCAGAAACAGAGGAUAUCAAAUCUUUGCCAGAAACUGAAAUAAGCAUAUCUGCUAAAUCGAUUUCAAAGGAACCAGAAACUGUAAAUAUAUUCAAUAAGUAUAAUGAAAACGAUG